AUGAACAUCGAGGUUGGGAACGUUUCUUAUACGGGAGCCGUCAUUUCCUGGUCGUCCUCGGAGCCCUGCCUGGAGGACUAUUACCAUAUUAUGUAUAGGCCCAAUUGGAACAGCAUCUUCUCUGGCUAUCUUCGCUACAGCUUCCACCACGAGGAGAAGGUGCCUCGAACAAUCAGCUCCGUGGUGCUGGAACACCUCACCCCUUCCACUCUCUACUUCCUGUGCAUCAGCUGCAAGAAGAUCCUCUUCCCCUACAGGCACUACUGCACCAUGUUCCACACCCUGGAUAAGAGUCCACUGGCUGCUGGAAGUUCCCUGGUGGACCCCCAGAUCUCCCUUUGGGUGCUGAUGGCCAUUCUGCUGGCCUGCUUCACGGCAGUCUUAGCCUUCAUCUGCCUCCAGUUCUGGUGUAUCCGUUGCCAUGAGCCUCGAUGGUCUUACAGAGCCGGCCUCAUGGAGGAAGCCAAUGGCCUGGUGAGAUGGCCAGAGGAGGCCCCGGGUCUGGGUCAGGGGGAGGAAGACCUGCAGGGGCUCCCCCUGGUGGAAGUGCCACGCAAGAACUCCGGAGCUGACGCGGAACCAGAAGCUGCAGCCGCAGCAGCCGAACAGGAUGCCCCUGACGUGGGUGCCCUGCAGAUGGAGGGCGGUGUUCAUCCUGCUGCACUGCCUCAUUUUGGGGAGUGA